AAAUUGCUCCUCACAGAUUCACUAUAAGUUGUCCCUCCAUCAUCCUUCGAGGCAGGUGGCAGCUCCAUUGACCUUUGUUCACCCUCUCUCGAACCCUCCUUUUGUCUCCGAUAUUCUCUCUAAUUCUCUGCUCUAGAGACUCUCUGGCUCACAGAGAACUUGGGGUGGAAGUGGGAUAGAAUCGAUAAAUAGAGCAUUAGCACGGGGAAAGAUGAUAAUCAAUGUGAAAGAAUCAACCAUGGUGCAGCCGGCAGAGGAGACGCCCCGGAGGAGGCUGUGGAAUUCUAAUGUGGACCUGGUGGUACCAAGAUUCCACACCCCGAGUGUCUACUUUUAUAGGCCCACAGGUGCCUCAAACUUCUUUGAUGCAAAAGUGCUCAAAGAGGCUUUGAGUAAGGCCCUUGUACCAUUCUACCCUAUGGCAGGGCGGUUACGUAGAGAUGAUGAUGGCCGCAUCGAGAUCGAUUGCAAUGCUGAGGGAGUGUUGUUUGUUGAAGCUGAGACCGCCUCAGUUGUUGCUGAUUUUGGUGAUUUUGCACCCACUUUAGAGCUCAAGCAGCUUAUUCCAACUGUGGAUUACUCUGGCGGGAUAUCUACUUAUCCUCUUUUGGUUUUGCAGGUGACCCAUUUCAAAUGUGGAGGAGUUUCACUUGGUGUUGGUAUGCAACACCAUGCAGCGGAUGGGUUUUCUGGUCUCCACUUUGUGAAUACAUGGUCAGAUAUGGCUCGUGGUCUUGACCUUACAAUUCCACCCUUCAUUGAUAGGACCCUUCUCCGUGCCCGAGACCCACCCCAACCUGCAUUCCACCACGUUGAGUACCAGCCUCCUCCUGCCAUGAAAGCUGUUCCUGAAACCUCAAAACCAGAGAGCACAGCGGUCUCCAUUUUUAAGUUGACCAGGGAUCAGCUCAACACCCUCAAAGCCAAAGCAAAGGAAGGUGGAAACAAUAUUGGUUAUAGUUCAUAUGAAAUGUUGGCGGGUCAUGUAUGGAGAUCAGCAUGUCAGGCGCGGGGACUUCCUGAUGAUCAAGAAACCAAGUUAUAUAUUGCUACAGAUGGUCGGUCAAGACUGCGCCCUACGCUUCCACCUGGUUACUUUGGCAAUGUAAUCUUUACAGCAACACCAAUUGCAGUUGCAGGUGAAAUUCAAUCAAAGCCAACAUGGUAUGCUGCAGGAAAAAUUCAUGAUUCAUUGGUUCGCAUGGACAAUGAUUAUCUAAGGUCAGCCCUUGAUUUCCUAGAGCUUCAGCCUGAUUUAUCAGCCCUUGUUCGCGGCGCCCAUACUUUCCGGUGCCCAAAUCUUGGGAUUACUAGCUGGGUUAGGCUGCCAAUCCAUGAUGCAGAUUUUGGCUGGGGAAGACCUAUAUUUAUGGGGCCUGGUGGGAUAGCAUACGAGGGCUUAUCAUUCAUCAUACCAAGCUCAACAAAUGACGGAAGCAUGUCAGUAGCCAUAUCUUUGCAAGCUGAACACAUGAAACUAUUUGAGAAGUUUAUGUAUGACAUUUAACAGAAUGAGCCGAGGCUAUUAUCCUGUCAUGGUUUCUGUCCUCCCAUCAGUAAAUCAGGCUGGGAAAUUUCAGGCAUGCCAAGUUUUUUCUCUCUUGAUGCCCGUGUAUCUGUCAUAGAGGGUUUUUCUCUUCUCUUCUUUUCUUUUCGGACAUGGUUUGAUGCAAGGAAGACUAUUUGAAAGGAUGAUGCGCCCCUUACGAGGGCUUAUGUUGUACAUAUUUAUGUAUUUGGCUCGAACUACGAAGUAUAGGAUGGAAGGAAUAAAUACGACACAGAAUAUCAUGUUUAGAUUGGUGGA